AGUCAAGAUGGCAGCGCCCACGAAACGCGAAUAGGGGCAGUUUGUUUACACCAAGUUUACACUCAGCCGCUGCAGAGAAGUCGCGUCCCGGCCGCUCGCACCGUCACCGUGUGCAAGUUUCCCGCGUCAGCCGCCCUUCUUGUCCUGAAUAAUCGACCUGUACACCCUAAGUUUAGGCUUCGAAGAACUGCUACUCGACGAACAACAGCGUAUCAUCACCAUGUCGGCCGUUUGCACUGCCUACGGCUGAACGGGCAUCGGCGGCCGAGACGAUUUACUUUUUCACAACUUCCCAAAUGUGGAAAAACAAUCUCCUCAGUGGAUCGCUGCUGUGAAAGGAAGCACUUUCAAGCCUUCGAUUACCACUGUUCUCUGCUCAAAACAUUUUCUUGACAGUGACUACCAUCAGUUUAUCGCUAAUGCGUGCAAUGGGAUCUCCUGUGAAAUCUGCUCCACUGAGGCCUGGCGUGGUGCCGUCGACGUUCGUUUACGAACGGAACGAAUCGCAGGCACCGAGAGCAGCAUUCUCGAAGAGGCGAAAACAUGAGAUUCUUGGACAGUUGCUCUCUGGAGAUGCUACCAUCGGGCACACGCCAAGACCAAGUCAUUGUAGCGAAAGAGAUCAUGAUGACUGUGCAGCAGAGCCAGUACAUCAGGCAGCACUGGGUCUGGCUUGUGAGUCGGGACAAGCUGUAGACACAUCACCAGACUCGACGUGUGAGCCGGGCCGUGGCACAAACAAAUCCGUUCAAGUGGGACUACCAACCUGCCACAAAGCAUCACAAGCAAUUGAAAAGAAAAUUCUGUCAUCAAUUGCUACACAAACAGAACCACAUGCUGCUUCUUCAGGCUCCUUGUCUUUUGCAUCCUUGGAGCAGUCUUCAUCACUGACGUCUGUUCGAGGCCAACUUCAUUGCUGCCAGCAGUGCACCUAUGUGACCCUGGACAAGUCGACUAUGAGCAGGCACCUUCGGAAACACAUGGGCGAGCCCCCCUUUCAGUGCCAGUUGUGUCCAGCUGCAUGCGCUCGCAAGUCCACGCUGCUGGUUCACGUGCGCACCCACACAGGAGAGCGGCCCUUCACCUGUGUCCACUGCAGUGCAUCCUUUGCGAAGAAAAGCAACCUCCCUUGUGAGGCACAUCCGCACGCACACAAGGGAGCGUCCAUUUUCCUGUGCCCACUGCAGUGCAUCCUUUUUGCGGGCAGAUGA